UCUUCCCGGUAUAAUAUGCUGGCUACAAAAAUGUGACUGAAACUCAUUUGAAGAAAAAACCCUUCCGCUGCAUCAAAAGCCCAAAAUCAUCCCAAAGCCUAAAUUAGCAUCUUCUCUCACCCCCAACCCUAGAGUCCGCCGCUGAAGAGAAGCCGUCCUUGCUAAAGAGUCGCAGAGCCAUAUCCGUCUCGUCUGCUCCCUUCCGAUCCAUGGCAACCAACUUCUUCACCGCGCUGAGUAGCAUCGCCGCCUUCGUUGCUCUUCCCCUCCACUGUUGCUCAUCGCCGCCUUCGUUGCUCUUCGUCUCCAUUGUUACUCAUCGCCACUAUUCCUCUCAAUCGCCUUCCUCGUUUUCUUCUCCUCUUCCUCUAUCUAAAGUUAAUGUUGAGCGGUGGCGAGGGAGAUGGGAGAAGGUUGGCGACGGUUGCUUGGUUAUGGCAGAGGGUUGGGGUAGCGGUUGUACAGGAUGAGUGUUUGGCCACUGGAGAGGUGAUGACGGCCAUUAGACGGGGCGGCGGACCACCAGAUGUGGUGGCGCGGACAUGGUGGUUGUUGGUGAUAGUUGGUGGUCUACCGUUUUGCAGGAAAAGGUUGGCGGAAAAAUUUUCCUGUGAUUACGACAUGUUUUACCGCAACAGGUUCCAAACAUGUGACCUGCUUAAUCACAUUUUUGACCUUUUAAAAAAUGGUCACAUUUUUGGAAAUCACCUUAAUUUGGUAAUAUUCAAAGAAAAAGCCCAAUGUAAUUUGAAUAAAUCGUUUAUGCUCGCA